AUGAAGAUUGUUUCAUUUAUCAGGCAAUAUAAGAACGACAGUCAGCGCAGAGUACCCAUGCUCGAGCUUCAGGAUCUCAUGGCGUUGUACAUGGGCCUUCUGGAUGAGCUUUUCUUCUUCGGGUUACUCACCAAACAAGGAAGGAGAUGCAGAAAUCCAUUCAGGAAGGGCCAAUUAGUCCAACUACAGGUUAUAGAGGAAGCGGAUGGCGUCAGAUGGGGAGCUUGGGAGCCUGCCCAAGAUCAGAUAACCUUACACACGGAAGUGAUCGACGACGGGCGGAUUGUGGAGCUCAAUAUGAAUGAUAUGGUAACAACUUUGGCACACGAGAUGAUCCACGCGUAUCUGCAUAUCUUCUCUAGCGGGACUAGAGGCUACGAUGUGGAUGUCGCCUUGGCUGUAGGUGCUGAUGAUGAUGACACUGAAUCCCAACGUACAAGAGGCCACGGGCCCGUCUUUUGGGAGUUCUACCAACACAUCACGGGCAAAUUCACACUCUGGAUUCCAGAAUCGCAGGAAUUACACGAUGGUGCAGGUAGAGCAGAAAGGCAAGAGCUCUAG